UUACAUGCUCAUAGCGUCAUGAAUGAAGUGCCUCUGAAAUGGUAACUCACACUAAAUGUCUGUGUUUAAUUACAGUCUUAAGCGUUUAAAGUCUCACACUGGCAGAAUCUCGAUAUGGAUAAUCGCUGUUACUGCUGUGCAUCAAAGUUCACUCUCUUCAGAAAAGAGUUGGGUUGUAGAAACUGUGGCCAUUCUUUCUGCUCUGGAUGUCUGACAUUCAAUGCUGUGGUGCCAAAAUAUGGAAACAGCCAGCAGAAAGUCUGCAAACAGUGUUAUGGAAACCUAACCAGUCCGAGUGAACAGACUGAUGCUGGACGAUGGUCCCCACCUGAAAACUACAAAAAACGAGUCGCUGCUCUUGAAGCCAAACAAGCGUCGCAGAAUCAGCCUUCAAGACCUUCGGGAGGAAAAAACAGCUCUGUGAGUCUGAUUUCAACCAAAGGACUCAGUAAAGAGGACCAGAUCAUCGCAGAACGACUCAACAAGCUGAGAGAGGAAACCAAGCCGAAGUCCAUCCCGUCAGAAAAGGAGCUGGAGUCUCGUCUCGCUGCUUUAAAAGCCCCGCUUCAGUCCGUGCCGUCUGCUAAAGACAUGGAGGAGCGUCUGGCCGCGCUGCAGGGACGACCCUCGCCCGCUCAAGCCCCACGGCCUGUUCAUCAGCCGCCCGACAGCAGGACUCAGACGGAGCAGACCAAUGACCUGAUCUCACAGAUGACGGAAGAAGUUGCUAUUGAUAACCAGCAGACGUCUUCAGAGGAUGGACCGUUAAACGAUCUUAAUAAACAAGAGGGCGGGGGUGUGAAUGAGAACGUGGAUGACGGCGAGCUGUCAAUCAAACAGCUGGAGGCGGAGAAAAGCCGAGUGCUUGAGGAGGCCAUGCAGGAGCUGAAGAAAGACAAACAAAACCAGCAGCAGAUGCUGGAGAUGGCCAGGAGACUGGCUUUCCUGCAGGGACGGGAUCCUGAGCAGGUCCGACUUUCAGAUUUCCAGCAACCUGACAGUGAUGAGGAGACAGAGGAAGAGGCCAUCACCAGGGUGGUGAAGCGGUUAUCAGAGGAAGCAGCUCUAGAUGAGGCCAGCGGAUACAACAUCCCACCAGAGCUCAGCGGCCCGAUGAACAGAGAGAAGGACAAGUCCAGCAGGAAACCGCUCAUAGUGCCAUGGUUUAAACCAAAGCUGGCAGCUGCUGCCUCACAGAUCCAGCGUGUAAAAGAUGAUGACCGUGAUGAGGAUGAUGAUGAAGAGCUACCGUGGUGCUGCAUCUGUAAUCAGGACGCUACCAUUCGCUGCCACACGUGUGAGCGAGAUCUGUACUGCGCUCGCUGCUUUAGGGAAGGUCACGACAAAUAUGACAGAAGAGAGCAUCGCACUUCCUCAUAUACGGCUCCUAAGAAAGGCAAGAAGAAGACCUGAAGCCUCCACGAGCAGCUGUAGGAUUUAGGUGAUCAACUUAUUUAAUUGUAGCCAACAGAACAUAAUAAUGUCGCUUAAAUAUGCUUCUGACGACACAAAGCAGCCUUAGACUCAAGAUUGUAGUCUUAAAAUGAUGUUGUUAUCAUCGUUGGUGGAAUUACUAGACUCUUAGACGCUUGAUAAAUGACGGGUUUGUUCACAGACAGACUGUAAUAUGAACAUCUGUUAAUAUAAAACUGGACUUAAAACUUUAAUAAAAGACUUGCAGGUCAUGUGCUCUAGAGAACUAGUUAUAGUUUUGGCAUCAUAUGCGCUCUCAUUGGUUUACACACAGCAGAUCUGCUACACAAUCAUCACUAAUUGCAUUAUAAAGAAUGCAUUCAUAAUUCUAAAUGGUUUUUGAGAAUUCUCCUGUUUGGAUAACGAAGGAAAGCCGUCGUCUCUAGACUCGAAGCUGUUCUGAGCUGCUCUUUACGCCGCGUCUUCUCUUUGCUGGCAUUUCCAUGUUGUGGUGAAUAAUUCAAAGGCUAGUAUUGAGGGUAAGCUGAGCGCUGUCAGAGACGAAUGACAGGAAGUCCAUGCAGUGCAUUCGUUUUCCUGAGCCGAACUGACAUUUAAGACACUACAUGACUUCACUGGCUUGUACUGUACUGUUAUCAGCAUUGGCAGAGAUAACAAUAAAUAAGGAAUAAAUGGAAAUCAUUGAAUGAA